UCGGUGAUCUGUGUGCGCCUCAGAUCCCCCUAAACCCUAGAGAUGAGGAGGCAUGGUGUUUGGAGAAGGAGACGAGUUUCUGCAGCUUCAGUUCUGAUGGUCGUUGCGAUGGUUGCCGGAAUCGGGUUGCUGAUUCUCAACUUGCGGGCCGUCGAUGAUGAUCCUGCAACGAGCCACGAAUUCCAUGCUGAAAUCCACGACUCGGUUUUGGAUUCAGAUUCGGAUUUAGAGUCUGAAAGCGGUGGUGGAGUUAGGGUUGAGUCGGAGACUUUGGGGGGCGAGAGUAAGAGAGAAUCGAGCACGUGUGCUACGGUGGAAGAGAUGGGCAAAGAGUUGGAAGGAGGGUUUUGGAACGAGAGUUUCAGAGUGAGGAAACUUAUUCAGCAUCACUUUGAAUUGAAUGGUGCUCCGAGGGUGCGGAAUCUUUCUCCGGAACAGUUUUGCCAGCAUGGUUUUGUGCUUGGUAAAUCAGCAGAGGCAGGCUUUGGGAAUGAAAUGUACAAGAUUUUGAGUGGCGCGGCGCUCAGUGUGAUGCUAAACCGGUCGCUGAUCAUUGGCCAAACCAGGGGAAAAUACCCUUUUGGGGAUUACAUUGCUUACUCCAAUCUUUCGUUUACUAUGAAUGAAAUCAAGCAUUUGUGGAGACUUAAUAAAUGUGAAAAGAAGUAUAAAAGACAACUGAUUAUGAGGACUGAUGACUUUGAGAAACCAAUGAAGACAAAUGUCCUGUGUAGCAAUUGGAGGAAAUGGAAGCAACCUAUUAUUUGGUUCCAAGGUACAAAUGACGCUGUGGCAACCCAGUUUUUCUUGAAAAAUAUACACCCUGAGAUGAGCAAUGCAGCAUCUAAUUUAUUUGGAAAGCCCGAGGUUCUUCAUUCACGGCCUAAUGUAUUUGGAGAGCUGAUGAGAGUGCUUAUAUCUCCUUCUGAAGAUGUUGAGGAAGCAGUCAAUUGGGUUCUUGGUGGAGUGGAUCCUGAUAUUUCUCUGCACAUGCGAAUGCUUAUGAAUAGGUCGGUGAGAGCUGCACAGGCGGCAUUGAACUGCAUCAGGAAAGCAAUGCUCAAUCUUGGUGAAUCUCCAAGACCCAAGGUGGUCAUAGUGUCGGAUACUCCCUCUCUUAUAAAAAAUAUUACACCGAAUAUAAGCAAGAUUGCAGAGGUGAUCCAUUUUGAUUACGAACUUUUCAAAGGACAUAUAUCUGAUGGCGGUAAGGGAUUGCAAAGUUUAGAAUUUAGAGCAAAAGAUUGGGGCCCAGCACCCAGAUGGGUGGCCUUUGUGGACUUCUUUCUUGCAUCACGGGCAAAACAUGCUGUUGUUUCUGGUGCUCACAGGCGUGUUGGGACUACAUAUGCUCAGUUAAUCGCAGCAUUGGCUGCAGCAAACAAUCUAGGGGACAGUCCAACUGGUUCAAAUUUUUCGUUCUUCAGCAGCUUUCAAAGUGAUCUGUUGAGAGACGGGUUAAGAUUCCAGACUGGUUGGGGACAUGUGUGGAACAGAUUCGCAGGUCCCCUCAGUUGUCAUAAACAGCAUAACCAAUGUGCUUUCACACCACUUCUCCCUCCUGCAUGGUGGGAUGGUCUUUGGCAAUCUCCACUAAGAAGGGAUAUCAGUAGGUUGGCAGACUACGGCAUUCAGUUAACAGGUCUUGGCACCAUUAAUGAAACACAUCUUCAGUCUUUUUGUAGCACGAAGAAAGUUGUUGUGAAAACUAUUCCAUACAUAUUGUAAUACACCGUUUAUUUAGGUACCAAUGAUUCAUGACUACACUGCACCUUGCACUCUUCA